UCGGCGCUUGUGUACCGCACCGCGCAGUGUUGAAUCAAUGCACGCAAGUGCGCGCAGGGCGGAGGUUCCGCCUUCCAGUGCGCCCGUGCUCCUGUUCGAACCCCUCGCUCGGCGAGGCCGCGCGAACCAAAAACGAAAUGAGUCCACAGUGCGUGAAGGACCUGCGUGCCAACCGGAUGACGCGCGUCUGCAUUCUCCGAAGGACUGAAGGACUAUGACCACUGCUUCAGCUGGACGUUUGGACAGGUGUGUUACCUGUGGCUCUGGAGAAAGAGGCUGGCGUAUCGCUCUUCCCUUCCGACACGUUUCACUGUCGUGUCGGUAAAAGUCACUUUUGGUUGUAGUGGUGAGGGUGUUUUUCCCCCCUAGGUAUACGAGAGCUAAGGCAGCCGGUAUAUUUGAGCAAAAGAGUUAACACUUAAUUAUACUUUAAACCACUCCCUGUGCAAUCGGCUUUCUUUUAAUAUAAAAACGGCUGUGAACAAUCUCGGGCGCAAAGGCUCUGACGCAUUGUGGCGAGGACUGCGGGACUGGCGAACCGGCGAGGCUACCGACGCGCUCUCCUGGACGUGGAACGGCCAUGGCCGUGUCUCAGCUGGAAACCGAAGAUCAUCAGCCAGAGAACGGCUUCGUGACCCCAGAAACCGCGUCGCCCAGUUUGCUUUCGCGCAUCGAUGGCUGCGUUUUACCAUUUCUCGGCGGGUUCGGGAAAUACCAAAAGCAGCUGAUCGUCCUGACAUGGAUCCCAGCGUUGUUCAUUGGAUUUAGCCAGUUCUCUGACAAUUUCCUCCUGGCUCAGCCGAACAACACCUGCGUCCAGCCGUCAACAAACAGCACGGAUUUCUCAGAGCCCUCCGUGUUAUUUAACGCUACGAAUAAUAACGAAAGCGCACGUGCCGCCUAUUUUUCCACCAAUGGCAUGCACAACGACACGGCUUCCUUGCGGUGUAUGUGCACGCAGUGGAAAUACGAACUGCAAACGGGGCUCGUGCAGAAUGUUGUCACUAAGUGGAACCUGGUGUGCGAUUCAGCGUGGAAAGUUCACAUUGCCAAGUUCUCCCUGCUGGUGGGGUCCAUCUUUGGAUACCUGGUGCUGGGGGCCCUGGCAGACUGGUUUGGGCGCCAUCCUGUCCUGAUCAUCUCUGUGUUCUUCACGCUGGUGUUCGGGAUGACAGUCGCCUUCUCCGUGGAUGUCACCAUGUUCAGCACCCUGCGAUUUUUUGAAGGCUUCUGUCUGGCUGGAAUCACCCUCUCGCUCUACGUGCUGAGGAUAGAGCUGUGUCUGCCUGGCUGGCGCUUCUCCAUGACGAUGGUUGCUAGCUUCGUGGUGCUGGCGGGCCAGCUGCUGAUGCCGGGGCUGGCUGCUGCGUGUCGGGACUGGCAGGUCCUGCAGGCCUUCAUCAUCUGCCCGCUCUUCCUCAUGCUCUUCUACAUCUGGCUCUUCCCAGAGUCUCUCCGCUGGCUCCUGGCCACCCAGCAGUACAGCCGCUCGAAACAGAUCAUGGAGCGGAUUGUCCAGAAGAACCAGGUUAGCCGCGAGUCUGAGGAACUGUUAGCAGAGCUGCACAGGGCGUUGCCAAAGAAUCCCAAGAAGACGUGUAUCGUGAAAAUGGUCGGCACGAGGAACCUGUGGAAGAACAUCGUGGUGCUUUGUGUGAACUCGCUAACAGGUUACGGCAUCCACCACUGUUUUGCGCGCAGUAUGAUGGACCACGAGGUGGAGGAGAUCACCAUGUUCCAUAACUUCUACGCUGACUACUACACCAUGGCGGGCAUCGCCGUGGCGUCCUGCAUGGCGCUGUGUCCCGCUGUGGGGCUGAUGGGACGUCGGGGCGGCCUGCUCAUGUUCAUGAUCAUAACAGCACUUGCCUCACUGCUGCAGCUGGGCCUGCUGAACCUGCUUGGCAAAUACAGCGUGCAGCUCAACAUCGAGCGCUCAGACACCCUGAAGUCAAACUUUUCCGUGGCUUUCUCCAUCAUUGGCAUGUUUUCAUCUCACGCAGUGAGCAAUCUGAGCAUCUUCUUUUGUGCAGAAAUCACCCCUACUGUUAUCAGGGGCGGGGGUCUGGGUCUCGUUCUGGCCAGUGCAGGUUUCGGGAUGCUGACGGCUCCCAUCAUGGAGCUGCACAAUCAGAAGGGCUAUUUCCUCCACCACGUCAUCUUUGCCUGCUGCACCCUCAUCUGUAUCAUCUGUAUCCUGCUGCUCCCGGAGACGCGCUACCAGCCGCUCCCCGAGACCCUGGCCGAUGGUGAGAACUACACGCGACAGCCGCUCCUGCCCCCACGCAAGCCUGGCGAGCAGCGCCACCUGCUGCACAGGGGAGAGAGUCGCGAGUAUGCCCGCGUGGGUGACACGCCCCUCCACGAGGCGGCUGCCACGGUCAUUUCCACCAUGGAGUCCACUGCGUCGUCCGCCAUCGACCUGUCCGUGCCGCUGGACGUGGGCGAGGUGGACACGCUGCCACUCUGCGUCGUGAAGCCGCCCAACGACUCGGCACUGCCGUCGUCGGAUUCCCUCCUCUCGUCCGUCCCCAGCACCUCCACCCCGGCCAGCACCCGACCAGCUCCGCCCACCAGAACCGACUCCCUUCCUGAUCUGAUCAUUGACGUCCAGAGCACAGGUUCUGUGGCCAUGCCUCUACUGAAGGAUAACGUUCAGACUCCGCCUUCUCCUGGGAGUGACCACACCCCUUCGCCGUCGUUUGCUCCUGGAGAUGUCAUUGGCUCCUCUGUUGUUGAUGCUCCUCCCGCCAAUGACAUCGGCUCACAGCCUGAGAUUGACUCUCACGUGGACCAUGCUGUGUAUCCCCUCUUGGAUUCUCCCUUGCCGUCCAUCAAUGACAUUGAUGAACACGUCACCAACUCUCCAGAGGGCUCAGCAGAUGGCGAUGUGGAGCUGUGUACCAUAAACCCCCCUGUAGUUUUACCGGCCGCUCCUGAGGAUUCACCCACUCACCUUCUAAAUCAUGCUCCUCGUGACCCCUCCAGAGACCCCUCACCUGUUUGUUUAGCUAAUGACAUUCUACCCCCCACUCCAGAAUCCCCCACUUUAGUACCACUUUGCCCUGCUCCUUCAUCACCUGAUCUUCGUCAGCUUCCAUCCUCUUCCUCCCCGAGAGAUUCUUCAGUUCUCGCCUUUGAGUCCUCAACACCCCCCCUCAAAUUGGACUCCACCCCUUUAGAAACUCCUUUGCCGGUUGCCACUACUUUAAUUCAACCUCUGUCCUUGGGGAUCCCCUCUGCUGCUCCGCUUGCUACAGAACCAGACCACCCCUUCACAGUGGACUUGACGGUUUCCUCACCCAUAGACUCUGGUAUGCCUCUUCCUGUGGACUAUACCACUAGUACUGCUAACGGGGUGGCAUCUUCAUGACGUGUGGCCAUGCUGUGGCUUUGCUCUGUAGAGCAGCCUGGUACGGUGCAGUUGAGAGUUCAUCUCAGUUGCUUCCCACGAGCUGCUUGUGCAGACCAGCGGUCGCGGGAAAGGGAUUUGUUAAUAAACGGGAAACAGCCGUAAGCCAGCUCAUGCCGAGUGGCACCGCCCUUCUCCGACACCUGUGUAGUGGACAGAGUUUUGAUUGGUGCCUUCAAAUGUGGUGAUCGACAUCAACCAGAACACCAACAAACACCUGGAUAAUACUGCAGUUCCCUGAUUAGACAGGUACAUCCUGUCAAAGUGCCUUCGAAAGGCGAGCAUUUAAAGCUAGUGUGGUCCAAUAUGAACAGUGCCAAGAGGAACUCUCACAAUUUUGUGAUUGAAAUUUAUUCCAAGAUUAAUAAAGUGAAAAAGGAAUCUGAGAAAUUCGAUACGGGACCAUUCCUAUCCAUUAUCCACUGGAAGGCAAACUAUAGGUUUUAAGCAAAAGAGAAACUUUUGGCAUGCCCAGUUGAUUUAUUCUUGGUCAGUAGAUGAAAUGGAGAAUCACUAAGGUGCUCUUACGUAAUGAAGCUAGAUCUCGCAUUAAGGUUCUCUCACAUGUUGUAUUUAAUAUGGCCUUUAUUUUAAUAGCAAAUACAUGUAGAAAGGGGGGGAUUAGAUCAGAUCAGAGUAAGCUACCCCCAUUGCCUUCAUCAGGGUUGCAGCCUUUCAAACAAAGAAAGUUGUAUUUAAGCCUUCUGGUGGCAAACAUUCAAUUUGUCUACACAGCUGAUUAACAAACACACCCACACAGCAAGAAAAUGUAUCUUGCUAACAAAGAAUGGCACAACAGAAAAGAAAAAGUCCAAAACCAAAAAAAAACCAAAACAACCCCCCCCAAACAUCCCAAAAAAUAUAACUUAACCUGUACCAUAAAUGUGUACAUGACUUAUACUUAACCUGACCCAUAAACAUAUACAUGACAUAUCCCACUUAACCCAACCCAUAAACGUAUACAUGACUUAUCCCACUCAACCCAACCCAUAAAUGUGUACGCAAUUUCCGACUUACAAAAAAGAUCCAGGCCAGGGGUCUCAGUAGCCCUUAAGUUCCAAAUCCAGAAGGUUUCACGCUGGAGACGAGCUUCAAUCUGCUGCCUCCACAGAUACAAUUCUUUACAAUCUCCAGACCUUUCGGUCCUAAAGAUGAAGGAUUACUUUGACGCACCUGACCGAAUCAUGAAAUGUCAUUUACAUAUUGGUACAGAUAUAAAAUCUUAUCGCUAUAAGAGUUUCUAGACCCAUUGUAAACAUAUUAACCUUUUUACGUAACAAAGGAACAAAUUGCUAUAGUUAGGUGCCACUCGGACAUCCACUGUUGUGUGGGCUGUGCUUCUCUGUCCUGGAAAAGAAAAGCAUCAUUGUUUAAUGUCCAUUUGGAAAGGUUCAAUAAAAGGUCAUUAGGAGGAGAAACAUUUGGUAUCUGUGUUGGAUCAUAUUCCAGAGCUCAUAUUCCUUCCUGGUGAUCUAUAUUGGUAUAUAAGAUGCCAUAUCCAGUGUAACAGGAUAGCAGCCCCCAAUACACCCAGUGCCCAAAGGUUUACGUAACAUGUCAGUGGUGUCCUGAAUUUGGAGGGAAGUUCCAUAACAAGCGGUUUUAUGAAAAAAACAGUCUUCAACCUGAGAACAGGCUUCGGAUAAAGAUCUGUUUACUUUAGGCUGCAUAAAGGAGCACGACCCCCUUGUAUUUUCAUUCUUUAAGAAAGAAAACUCUUUCCUCAGGAAUCUAGUCGUGUUCGCAGGCUUGAAAAAUAGUUUCCCUCAGAUCUUGCUUCAUUUUUUUCAGGCCACUUCAACUACCUCACCAAUUGACCUCUGUACGAUUGAUGGUCCAGGACACCUGUGGCCUCCUUUGGUCAGCAGGACUCACAGUAGUGUACACUUUUUUUAGCCAUUGUUCCAAAAACCUCAGUAGAUGUAAUACAUGUUUACUCAUCCUCACUGGUUCUCAAAUAAAGGGAAGCUGAUCAGUGACGACACUGUUGCCUGAUGGGUUGUGGCCACUUGUAGGUCUUUUUUUAUCUCCACUGACCUUGUAUCCCUUCUGUCAAUUCCAGUAUGAAUUCCUCCACACUUUGUUGUGAGAUGGUUUCCAGGGAUGUAUUUUUUUCAGUAUCUUUGGCCUGUGCCAUUUCUGUUUUCUGUUUAUUUAAAUCUCACUUGUUCAUAUUUUUCUUUCUUGGUUUUCCUCAAUAAUCAGUACUUAAUCAAUACUUACUUAAAAAUGACUCCCGUUUCUCCCUGAAUAUUGAACAUUUGGACUGAAGAGAGACUGAAACUCUGAUGAAGGCAAUAGCACUAAGCUAGGAGUGUUCUCUGACCUGCCCCAGGGCCAGCUUUCCUACAUGGACCUAAAGAAAUAUAUAUAUAUAAGAUAAAUAAAGGCAAUUAAAAUUAUUUCACUACAAUAUGUAAGAGUGCCUUUGUGUGAACUUCAAACUAUGGGUUGUGUUUAAUUUGUAUUAGUUUAACAAGGACACACAAUGUCAUUGAUGCAACGUACCACUGUAAAAGUCUACGGUUCCAAUGCACAUAAAAGGUACUAGAGUGCCAGUAGCGCCACCUUGUGUAGAAUUUCCUGCUCACCAAUUGUGAAGGAGUAUGCAAGUGAGUUACAACCAGUUCCGUGAGGUGUUUUACAUAUAUAAAAGUGGUUUGUAAAUUAUGUAUAUUAUUGAAGAGGAAAAGUCAAUACUACUACUGAUGUUAGAUAUGUUAAGCUACACUGAAAAAUGCAAAAUAACUUAAGUGUGUUUCAGGCAAGCACACUUACAGAAAGAAUAUGUAAUAAAACAUUUUAUAUAAAACCACACCCAAAGACCAAACCCCAUCAACUCUGUUCUUAAAUGAGACAAAUAGAGCAAUGUCCCCAUUUCAUAAGGUCUUCUGACUGGGUUAGCUCCUAAGCCCUAAACCCUAAACCCCAAACCCUAGUCUGAAUGAGGGAAACCCUGCUCAAUCCAUUGCAGCUCAUGCAGGUGUUUGUUUAAGCUCUGCCCUGCAGUAACUGUUUUUUUCUUUAGUCAGGUGAAGCUCUGCCGUCCGUAUCUAGAACCUAAGGGCAGACUCAGACUCAAGAUGGACUGUGUAAACUAUUUGACUUCUGCACAGCAUUGUCAUAAUGCAGUGGGAGUGGUCAAAACACAGAGGGAAUGGUCAUAAUGCAGUGGGAGUGGCCAGAAGGCAGUUGUUGUGUGACUGCAGUUUAAGAUCCUGUGGUGCUCUGCUCUGCUACUGGGGCGGAGCUUGUUGAAAACAGAAGCCUGGUUUCAAACUGGGUGAUUACAGCUUGCAUUCUGCUUUUCCUCCCAUCGUGGGAACUCACACUUGAAAUCAAAGCAUGUAAAUGUAUUUACAAAAAGGGUUGAAAAAAAAAACAACUAAUGUGAACUUUACUAGCAAGUAUAAUGUAAUCCACAGUGUUCCAUUUUUCAUUUGUGGAGUUUUGUGUCAUUGCUUUACUCCAUAUCCGGAUAAAAAAAAAAAAAUGUACAAAAGCUCUAGUGAGAAAGCAAUAAUAAAUAUAUGACCCUUAUUAUGCCAUGUUAUAACGCGACAGAACUGUUGCUUUUAUGAUAUAAAAGAAACAGCUGUUUCUCUUAUUUUUAUAUAUUAAUGACAUUAACAUCAGGACUUGUUUGAUGACCAAUUGUUAAGAUAUUUAAUAUAAAGGGAUUUUUAAAAAAUAAUGGUAAUUAUUCCCUAAUUGUAUUUCCCUAAUUUUAUUUCGCUAGUUUUAUUUACUCUGCAUCUGGCAGAAGCAAACCAAAAGCAACAUAAUUAAUGAAAGCAGUUCACACUGGAUAUUGAAAAUAGUCAGAAUCAUUUCAAACUUUGCUUGGUUUGCUAAGCAAAAUUCGUGAGUGUUGUGAGAGCAGUAGAGGAAUGGAAGAAAAUUCGGCUGCUAGAAGCAUCCGACCGGCAGUGCCGAUGCCAGUGCACUACUCCCAUUCCUGGAUCGGAAUAUGUGUUGGGAGUUCCACACACAGGAUGCUUCUGGCUGUUCCUGCAUGUACAGGACCGCAGAGACUGAGCAGCAGAAAGAGGUUACACAUCUAGCAGUGUUUAGAUGGGCACCAUAUGAGCAGUGUUGAUAUGUGUUCAGGUGUUCAGUCUGUAGUUUGAGCAUGUGUGUAGGUGUUGAUGCCUGUACAGGUGUUGUUUUUGUAGCUUCAGACUCCUGAAGCAUGUAUUAGAAAUAUUGACUUCAGUGACAAAGCAGUUUGACCGUGACGGUUUCAGUAUGGCACAUAAAAAGUGACAACUACACAUCUGCCUAACAUUGUGUAAACUGGAGCCAGUUAUUUUUGCUGUCUUCUCAUUAGCAUUUUGGUUUGGAAUAAAUAAAUCAAUAAAAAGUCAAAAAAC